AUGACCCUCCGUACGUGGCUUCUUCUUGCCACAUCAUACCUUCUCGCUCUUGCUCAGUCGAGCACUCAAGCGCCAGGACUGACUGAUAGGAGCUGCGGGAACGAUCUCACGAACCUUUGGCUCGAUGUCGUUGUGGUGGUGGACAAUUCGAAGGGAAUGACUCAAGAAGGAUUAGUGCAGGUACGUAUGGACAAUUGAUUUUUGAACGGAGCAGUCGGCAGCGAAUUAAUAAUUAAACAGCGCUCUCGUUAUCAGGUGGCUGCUCAAAUCGUGACCGUUUUUGGAGAAGGCACGCGAAUCGGAACGAACUACGCCGACAAACGGUCGACCAGAGUCGGACUGGUCACUUACAACAAAGAAUCGACAAUUGUAAGAUAAUGGGAAGUUAUCCGGGAAGUGAAUCAUUUUCAGCAAGCUGAUCUGAAUCGUUUCCAAUCAGCCGACGACUUCUUCAACACGGUGUUCCAAAUCCUUCCAACUCCGAGCACUUCCGAUCAAGUUUACCUUGCCAAGUAUGAUCAGUGUUUGAGCAAUUAAACAUUCCGUUCGUUCAGAGGAAUCGGAGCAGCAGAGCAAGUGCUCGCUUCCGGCCGAGCGAACAACACUCGCAAGAACUACAAGCAGUUUGUGAUAGUCUAUGCAUCGGACUAUCGGGAUGACGGACAAGAGGAUCCGCGUCCGAUUGCCGAGAGACUCAAAGCCUCCGGAGUGAACAUUGCCACCGUGGCAUUCGACCAGGAAGGAAGUGAGAGCAUUCUGAAAGCCCUUGGAGAAAUCGCCACGCCUGGGUUCAACUUCACCAACAAAGACGCUGAUAAUGUUGGAGCUCUUCAGAAAGCUAUGAUUCAAAGUGAGCAAGGGAGCUGCUGACAUUUUCAGUUCUUUUGUUUUCUUUCAGCCAACUGCUUCUGCUCCAAUCUCUGGACUCAAUAUCGUACCAAUUUCAACGACGAAUAUUCUUCAAAGUACGGCGUCUGCUUGAGACCGGUCGCCCUGACUGCUGCCUGGGCUCCCGCCAAGUUUGCGUGCCAGAAUAUGAUUCAGACUGGGUACAUGGUGACUGAAUACAAUCAGCACAAACAUGACUACGUAUUCAGUAGGCUCAUUAUCUCUGUUUCAUUUGUCAUUGCUUGUUCGCUUUCAGAAAUGGUUCAAAAUGACACUGCGUUCCCAGAACCGUACGUUUACCACAUCGGACUGAGCUACGUGAACGGAGGGUAUUACUGGCAGCAGCCGGUCGGACAGACUCUCAAACCGGUAAGAACCCGUAGAGCUCAACAUUCUGAUUCUUUUUCAGUUUCAGCUCGGCGACGGCAUCUGGAACCCCGGCUUCCCGCAACUCUCCACUCAGAACACGGCCGUUCUGAACCAACAGGAAGGAAGUGCGUCCGCGGUCGGGUGGCAGAACACCAAUCAGUACACGGUUUCGGAGCGAUACGUCUGUGAAGUGUCCGCGUGCGACACUGAUUCUUAUUGCGAAUAA